AUGUCAAACAAAUCCAACAAGUCCAACCAGCAAACAAAACCAACAAACCGAACACGACCAACAAGCCAAACAAAACCAACAAGCAAAACAAAUCCAACUAGUCAAACAAGCCAACAAACCCAACACGCCAAACAAGCCAACACGUCAAACAAAUCCAACAAGCCAAACAAGUCAAACAAACCCAACAAGUCCAACAAGCCAAACAAACCCAACAAGCCAAACAAGUCGAACAAGUCAAACAAACCCAACAAGUCCAACAAGCCAACACGUCCAACAAGCCAACACGUCAAACAAAGCCAACACGUCAAACAAAUCCAACAAGCCAAACAAGUCAAACAAAACCAACAAACCCAACAAGCCAAACAAAUCCAACAAGUCAAACAAGCAAACAAAACCAACACGCCAAACAAGCCAACACGUCAAACAAUCCAAACAAACCCAACAAGUCCAACAAGCCAAACAAGUCCAACAAGCCAAACAAGUCCAACAAGCCAAACAAAACCAACAAGUCCAACAAACCCAACAAGUCAAACAAAACCAACAAGUCAAACAAAACCAACAAACCCAACAAGUCCAACAAGUCAAACAAAACCAACAAGUCCAACAAACCCAACAAGUCAAACAAAACCAACAAGUCAAACAAAACCAACAAACCCAACAAGUCCAACAAACCCAACAAGUCAAACAAGACCAACAAGUCAAACAAAACCAACAAACCCAACAAGUCCAACAAACCCAACAAGUCCAACAAACCCAACAAGUCCAACAAGCUAA